ACAGCUGCAGCCAUAGAAGAGAAGUACUGCUAGAGAAUGACCGCUGAUUUCAUCAUAUGUGUUAUUACACAGCUUUAUGAUAUUCCUGGGAUAAACAGCUGUAUGACCAAUGCCAGUUGCUAUAGUAAAUUAUUAAUUUCAUUGUUAAAACCAUAUUGGAAAGCAGUAGUAUGGUUUUGAUUGUUUUGGUUUAACUGCAGUAUUUCUUUGCUAUGUUUUCUGAAUAGAAAAUGCUCUAUAAAGAGGUUCUACGUUUUAUUGAUACAACUGACAUUGUGAUUAUUUUAAGUGCAUGCACUGCCGAAUACAAAGAUAUAUGUAUUCCACUUCUGUAUUUGUUGCUGUGAGACAUCCUUUCUGUGCUGGGGAGAGGUUGCUCCUCCCUCCUCCAGAUAUGAGGAGAUAUAAAGCCUUCUGCUUUCCUUUAUCACCACAGUUUCCGCCUGGAGACUCUCAACACUACAUUAGCCCACUAGACUUGCACAAAGAUUUUUCUUCUUCUAGGAAUUACCUUUUGAUGAAAUUGUUAUAAGUCGAAUUCCAUUACAUUUUAUGUAUUUUUUUAAAGGAAUCCACUUGAUCUGUAUUCACCGGAAAUGGCUAAAUAACAGUGUUCAACUACUUAUUGCUGUAUUUCGGAUGAAAGAAUGGCUUGGUUUAUUGUAAAUAUCAGUAACAUCACUUUGGAGAAUGCACUAUCUGGGGAUGAGCGGCGAGAUGAGCGCUUGGCAAAAGUAGAAAUAGCUCUCCUGUCCAUCAUCUUUAUCACUGCAGGGAUUUUAAACUUUGGGGUCUUGUUGGUGCUUUGGAAGCGGAGGAGGCAGCUCUCCAGGAUGCGCGUCUUCGUCUUCCACCUGUGCGUCGCCGAUCUGGUGGUCACAUUCUUCCAAGUUUGUCCCCAACUCAUGUGGGACAUCACUGACCGAUUCAUUGGGCCAGAUGUAUUGUGUCGCGUAGUGAAGUACCUGCAGGUUGUCGGGAUGUUUGCCUCCACUUAGAUGAUUGUUGUGAUGACGAUAGACCGAUAUCAAGCCAUCUGCAACCCCAUGGUGACUUUCCAAAGGCGCAGGGCGCGCUGGAACGGUGCGGUGUGCGCCACCUGGUGUGUCGCUUUCAUCGGCAGCCUCCCACAGAUCUUUAUUUUCUCUCGGGUCGAGGUCGCUCCCGGUGUGUACGACUGCUGGGCUCUGUUCAUCAAGCCGUGGGGACCGAGAGCCUACGUGACCUGGACGACUCUGGUGAUAUUCGUCCUGCCCAUUCUCAUGGUGAUAGUGUGCCAGGUGCGCAUCUGCCGCACCGUGCAAAUUAACUUUCACAUGAAGACUCACCACGUCGCAGACUCGGCCAGUAAGACGCUGCCCUCCAGGGCCAGCAGCGUGGCGGGGGUGUCAAAGGCGAGGGUGAAGACUGUGAAGAUGACCGUGGUCGUCGUGCUGGCCUACAUCAUCUGCUGGACGCCUUUCUUCGUCGUGCAGCUGUGGUCUGUCUGGGACUUUGAGGCGCCCACUCAGACUGCAACCUUCACCAUCUUAAUGCUGCUGGCCAGUCUGAACAGCUGUGCGAACCCUUGCAUCUACCUGCUGUUCAGCGAGAAGCUGCCCAAGACGCUCAAGGCCCUAGUGUGUGUGGAUCAGUCCGAUCUGAAGGAGUCCAUCCAUGAGGAGGCCACCAUGGUCAGCUCCCUGUACAUCAGCUUCAAGAGUCUGCAGGACUGCAGAUAAAGUGUUGACACCUCUGAAGCUCAUCUUACCCCAGGCCAGACAAAAUUGACAUCCUCUAAUAAGCAUGAGGCCAAACAUCACAGAAGAACAAGUCCCUGUAGUAACCGUGUAUUAUAGUGAGACCACAUUGUAGAAAGGAAUAAUCUAUGAAAUGCUUUCAUGUAGGAACACACACUAAGUCUUUACAGGGAUAUUACAGUGAAACAUUAUGAUUGCAGGCCAUACAGUCAAUAUUACAUAACACAUACUUAAAGUAUUAGAUGAUUGUU